UCAGGGAUCAAGCUCUGGAUUAUAAAAACCAGAGUCCGUGGGAGGCGGUGGAGCAGGGAGACCAGAGGAUGGGGGAGAUGCUUCACCCCCAAGGACCAAGGGACCAAGAGCAGGGCACGUUUGGGGAUGUGAACAUGGCUGAGGAGGAGGCUGGAAUAUUCCAGAACGUGAGGAGGUGGUCAGGGCGCCUGCCCCGGGUCAGCCUGUCUCUGUUUCAGCUUCUAAUCAGCCUGAUCUUCUUCCUGGUCCUCAUCACCAUCUUGGCCCGCGUCUCUAGGGUCCACCAGACCCUGCAGAGCUGGCCUGGGGCCCAUCAGAGGAGCCAGAGCUCAGCUGAUGCACGUGAGCAACAGAUCCAGGCCGGUCUGCACUUGGUCAACCAGCAGCUUUCCCGGAUAAACGACUCCCUGGAGAGGCUCUGCCGUGCCUGCCCCUGGGGCUGGGAGCACUUUCGGGGAAACUGCUACCUGUACUCCAGGUCCGCAGGAGAUUGGUUUCAUGCUAUGUCCGCCUGUCGGCGCACGAAUUCCCAGCUGGUGAUCGUCAACAGUGCCCCGGAGGAGAAAUUCCUACAAUUUUGGGAAGUGCAGAAGAAGGGUCUGUGGAUUGGCCUCAGCGACCAUCACGAAGAGGGGUCCUGGCAGUGGAUAGACGGAAGUCCCCUCAAUAUCAGCUUCUGGAGUCCAGGAGAACCCAACAACUCUGGCAAUGAGGACUGCGUGCAGGUGCUGGAGCGCGGCUGGAACGACGUCAAGUGUCAGUCAGAGCUUCCUUGGGUCUGUGAGAAGCCAGCCUCCCCCUGCCCCGAGCUCUGGCUCUGACUGGGCACCCUGGGGUCAUGCCCUCUGCCCACUGCUCUUCUGCUCCCCUCCCCCAAGCUAUGGUCCAUCCCCCCGUAGACGAGCGACAACCCCCUCCUAUGGACGGUUUCAACCUGCACCUGCCUCCUGUCAUUCCCCUUAAUAAAUUUACACGUGGAACUGUG